CUAAUUACCCGGAAGUUGUUGGGAAUGUCGAAGUGCUCUUUUCACACAGCAACAAGCACAAAGACGAACAUUCAACAAUAGCAUGCUCUCAAAUCGAAAAUCUAUCUCACUGCCACACAUUCCCAAUGUCACUCUGUCUGUUCCUUAUCACCAUCUUCCUCACUUACCCUUUUCUUUCCCUCUCUGUUUCAUGUCCCCUCAACAUCAACCUCCUCCACCGUUACACACCCUCUUCAAACUCUGUCACACGCUGCCACGACAUCCUCCAAUCCCUUCGAAUCCUUCGAUCCGAAUACCUCCAACGAACUCGUUUCUUCUCCCCUCCUCCUAACUCCUCCUUCUCCUGCUGGAACAAUAUCCAACAUUUCAUCCACCAAUACGACAUUCGCUCCUCCUGCAACAUCACUUCCUGUUCCACUUUCAACUCAUGCACCACCUUCACAACACGAUCGCAAUUCGAGGGAUAUAUUCCUGUUUCCGUGCUUCGACCCGUGUGGAAGACUUGUAACCAAUCUCUUAGCGCUCCAGUACCUUGUACUCUCUGCACCAACGCUUUCUCCGACUUGAAUUCCUACCUUACUAGGAGAACCGCUGAUUGCAACGCUAUUGCUUUUAUUUAUGCUGCUUCCUUCUCCGAUUUGCAAGACCCCGGAACCGCUAAAUGUUUGUUCAGCUUUGGUUUUUCCUCUUCUGCUAAAAGUGGUAAGCGUCGAACCAUUCUUAUUGUGCUUUUUUCUAUCUUAGCCGUCUUCUUGCUGGUCUUGGGUGCCCUCUGGGCUUACUUUAGAUUAAGGAACAACAAAAAGGGUGUUGCUUUGGAUUCUGGGUUGGAUUCCAUGAACCAAAGUACCACUUUGGUUAGGUUCACUUUUGAUGACAUUAAAAUGGCUACUAGGAACUUUGCCGCUGACAACGUAAUUGGGAAGGGGGGUUAUGGAAAUGUUUAUAAAGGAACCCUCUUGGAUGGUAGUCAAGUUGCGUUUAAACGUUUCAAGAAUUGUUCUGUUGCCGGGGAUGCUAGCUUCACUCAUGAAGUUGAGGUUAUUGCUAGUGUUAGGCAUGUGAACCUUGUUACCUUACGAGGCUAUUGUACUGCUACCACUGAUUUAGAGGGUCACCAAAGGAUUAUUGUCACUGAUUUGAUGGAAAAUGGAAGUCUUUUUGAUCAUUUAGUUGGUUCGGCCAAGAAGAAUCUGAGUUGGCCGAUUCGUCAGAAGAUUGCUCUAGGCACUGCUAGGGGGUUAGCUUAUUUGCAUUACGGGGCACAACCUUCGAUUAUCCAUAGGGAUAUUAAGGCAAGUAACAUUCUUCUGGAUCACAAGUUUGAGGCGAAGGUGGCGGAUUUUGGGUUGGCCAAGUUCAAGCCAGAGGGAAUGACGCAUAUUAGUACCAAAGUGGCUGGGACUAUGGGCUAUGUUGCUCCUGAGUAUGCCUUGUAUGGACAGUUGACUGAGAGAAGUGAUGUGUUCAGUUUUGGUGUUGUGCUUCUUGAACUUUUGAGUGGGAAGAAGGCUCUUCAAACGGAUCAUGAUGGUCAACCCUAUGCACUCACUGAUUUUGCUUGGUCAUCAGUUAGGAACGGUAAUGCUUUGGAUGUUGUUGAAGAUGGCAUGCCAGAACCUGGUCCACCACGAGUUCUUGAGAAGUAUGUGUUGGUUGCUGUUCUGUGUUGUCAUCCACAGUUAUAUGCAAGGCCAACAAUGGAUCAAGUGGUUAAAAUGCUGGAGACAGAUGAAUUGGAACAGCAAAUGUCUUGUGUUGCUGGGAGUAUCUACAGUGAGUAGGUUGUUAAAAGGGUAAAAUCUUAUUUUGGUCCUUUAUAAUAAUUGUUUGUUUUAAUUUAGUCUCAUUUUUAUUUUUAGUCUCAAUUUGGUCUUUAAUAAAUUAAUUGAUUCCAAUGUCGGACUUCCGUCUAAAUUAUUUAAACGGAGUUAACUGUUGGUCACGUGAAUAGCACGUAGAUGCAUAAGUGGAUGCCAUGUAGAUCCCAAAUUUUUUGAAAACACCUAGAACCAGAACGGUCAGUUCUAAAACCAGAACGGGCCGUUCUGGGU